ACACACACUACAAAAAAGUAGCUGUGGAAAAUGUGGUUUUGCCGUUUUUUGCUCUUCUCCGUUCCUUCCAUGCAUCUCCCAUUCAUGCAGAUGCAGUGCAAGCUCUUAACCUUCUUCACUUCUCCUUCUGACGAUUUUCUUUCUCCUAAUCUUCCAUCCAUUUCAUGUAUUCUGCGUAAGCUUUAGAUUGCCUUAAUGCGAGGAUGAAUGCAUCUUCUUCACCCCCACGGGAUUCCUUCUGCUUUAUAGCCCAAAGCCGUUGGUCCAGAGGAAUUUUUUUCGGCGACAACCCUUUCUCCUCAAACACUUCGGUUCUCCUCGCGCAGCUUACGCUUUGUGCUCUCACCACCGCGGUCUUGAACCGUGGCCUUGCAUAUCUUGGCCAGAGUCUUUUCGUUUCUCAAAUACUCGCAGGGUUAAUAUUGGGACCAUCAGUCCUCGGGAGCAAUGCAGUUAUCAGAGAAUUGCUUUUUCCAGUGUCAAGCUUUUAUACAGUUGAUACAUUCAGGUUCUUUGGUGUAAUGUUCUAUUUAUUCAUCGUUGGUGUCAAAAUGGAUUUGAGUCUCAUACAAAAAUCAGGAAAGAAAGCAGUGGUAAUAGGCAUCUGUACCUUCUCAAUACCUCUAUUACUCAACUUGAUGAUUAGCAGACUAAUAACAAUGUAUGUGGCCAUGCAACCAAGUCUUUACAGCUCAAUGAUAUGGAUUGUAUCGUUUCAAGCCUUAAGUUCAUUCCAUGUCAUUGUUUGCCUAUUAGCUGAUCUAAGGCUCAUGAAUUCAGAGCUGGGAAAGCUAGCCACAUCUUCAUCCAUGAUUAGUGGCAGUUGUAGUUUUAUUUGGGCACUCAUUGUCUUUGCGGGGGAGCAUGGUCUACAUGUAGAGCAAGAAACAUUUAUAAUAAUGCUUUUAUGGUCAGGCAUGAUGGUGAUGUUCGCCAUAUGUAUUUUCCGACCUAUGAUUCAAUGGAUGAUUAACCAUACAACCGAUGUAGAUUCAGUAAAAGAGAGCUAUAUAUGUGUCAUCUUAAUCCUAGUACUGGGAUCUGCAUUGUACGGCGAGUACUUAGGCCAGCAUUUUACAUUUGGGCCAAUAGUUUUAGGAAUGGUAAUACCUGAUGGACCUCCUUUAGGCUCAGCAUUAGUCAAUAAGCUUGAGUGUUUUGUCUCUUCUAUUUUCUUGCCAAUUUUUUUUGUUGUUAGUGCUGCGAGGAUUGAUUUCUCAAUGAUAUCACUAAGGAGCUUUGCCAUAAUUGAAGGCCUCGCAGUUUGUGCAUUCUUCUGGAAAGUAGUUGGUGUGAUGUUGCCUUCACUAAGUUGGAAAAUGACAGCGAUCGAUGGACUCCACCUAGCCCUAGUGUUGAGCAACCAAGGCAUGGUGGAAGUUCUAAUCCUGGAACAAGCAAAAUCAUUACGGCUAAUUGAUGAAGAAUCAUACAGUAUUAUGGUCCUAUCAAUUUUUGGUUUAACUGGAAUACUUUGUCCAAUAGUGAAAUUUUCUUACAAGCCAUCCAAGAGAUAUAUGAUGGGUGAGCGAAUGACCAUCAAGUACACCAAUCCUAAUGCAGAGAUCCGAAUGCUUGCUUGCGUACACUAUCAGGAGCAUACUCCUUCCAUAAUAAACCUUUUCGAAGCCUCCUACCCACAUCCCGAAGCACCAAUUAGCUUCAUUGUUGUCCACCUCAUUGAAUUAGCUGGUAGAAGUGCACCAGUUCUUAUGCCUCAUCACCCUGGGAUGAGGAAUCCAUCCCCCUCAAACGAGUCAAAUCCCAUAAUUAAUGCUCUUAGAUAUUUCGAGCAUGAAAAUGAAGGUUAUGUGGCUGUGUAUCCUUACACAUCCAUAUCACCUUAUAAUUCGAUCCACAAUGACAUAUGCUUAUUAGCCAUAGAGAAGAGGGUUUCUUUAGUUAUUGUGCUAUUCCAUAAACAUCCACUAAUCCAUGUAUCUGAAGAUGAGACGAAGGCCAUAAGGAAUGUGAACAAUAACAUUAUCAGGGAAUCACCUAGCUCAGUUGGGAUCUUAGUCGACCGUGGUACUAUGACCCACACUUCGACCUUGUUACGGACAAGCGUGUACCGCAUUGGAAUGAUCUUUCUAGGUGGUCCUGAUGAUCGAGAAGCACUGGCCUAUGCAUGUCGCAUGGGUAAACAUCCCAAUAUACGGAUCACUCUCAUUCGAUUUUUGGAUGGUUCUGUGGUGACUGCCGUUUCUCGUCAAAUGGUAAUAGACUUGAACACCAUAAAUGCUUACAGAGAUGCUCAAAUGACGAACAAACAAUGGUUCUAUCAAGAGGAGCUGAUCAAGGAUAGCUUGGGACUUAUAACUGUUAUUAGAAGCAUGGAGAGCUGUUUCGACCUAAUAAUAGUCGGAAGACAACACAGAGAUCACUCUCCAUUGUUGGCUGGGCUUCAUGAUUGGAAUGAGUUUCCAGAACUAGGGUGUGUGGGUGACAUGCUUGUGUCAUUGGAUUCAAAUUGCAAGGCAUCUGUGUUAGUGGUGCAACAACCAUCAACACUCAGAUGAUCUCUAACCCUCAUCAAGACAUUUCAGUUGCAGUACUGGAAAGGUCUUUUGUUCAUACUAGCUAUUAGUGUUGAUUAGUGUAGCUUCUGCCAGAUUACAACUAGUUACAGUGUCUGUGUCUGGAUAGUUGCUUGGUUUACAAGUUGAACAUAAAGAUAUCUUCUGUUACACUGCUCAGUUACACAACUAAUGCUUCCAUAAUUCCUCCCUUUGUCAAAUCGGAUAUGUAAUUAUUGGAAUAAGAGUAGUAAUUUUGAAUUACAUCAAAUACUACAUGUAUAUAUAUAUUAGUUGAAGUAAAAGGUUUUAGCUUACUAGCAAGACUGUGAGGUCU